GUGGAGCACGUGGAGUUACUGCCUCCUAUAAACCGAGAGCCGAUAAAGGCGAAGGAGCUAAGCGUGGUGUGUGACACAAUGCUGCAGGGACUUGGGCUUCAUCUACGUUCGGUGGGGGUGGAUGUAGAGAUACUUAAGAACACACAGAACCACAAUGUGUGUGUUGCUUUGUGCCAUCAGGAUAACAGGGUCAUACUGACUAAGGGCAGUGUCUACAACAGGCGAAAGAAUCAACUAGUAGAAGUUCUCAACUACUACAAUGUCAUAGUUACCAAGGAUGACAUCUUUAGUAGAUGCCAGGAUUGCAACAAUGCAGUGUUCAAGAAACUGAGUCCGGCAGAGCUGAGGAAAGUGAUCGAUUCUACUCACACAACAAAGCGUAUGUCUAACUAUGACUUAGACCUGGCUGAAGAUGAGUAUGAUGACUAUGUUGACUACGGAGAGUUCUCGGAUGGCAGUGGAUACUCAGAUGAAGACCUGCCAGCUCCUCCUAUUAUCUCGGGGCCUCCAAGGUCUUUCCCUGAAGAGGUCUCUGCAUCUGCUGUAGUAGAGAAAAAGGAGGAGGAGGAAGAAGAGGAAGAGGAGCCAUACGGAUAUGGUUGUGUAACAACCUCUGGGGCUCAUAUCAAACACGAAAGUAUACCAAAAGAAGUGUUCAACAAAGUACCUGUAUUUUACAUCUGUGACUCUUGUGGCCAUUGCUACUGGGACGGCAGCCACUUGGAACGCAUUCUGGGAGGCAGGCUUAAACAUAUAGUUACAAAAUAAUUUCUGCUCAUAUCUUAUCACCGUAAUGAUCUUUCAAGGGAUCGAUUGUUCACUUAGUCUUUCUUCUUUUAGAUAUGACAAUAUAGACUGUAUUAAUCAUGAUACAUCUCCUGCUGUAUAUGAUUACUUAUAAAUAAUAUUCUUUUAUUAUAUUUUUAUAUAUUAUGUUUGUAUAAUGAGGUUACCAUUGGGAAUACAAAGGAAGUGGUGUGAUCUGUUUUUAACAUUGUUUUUUACGUCAUUAUUUCAUGAUGAAUUAUGAGUAAAUGUCCUGUGAUUACUUUCGUUAUACAAUUAAAACAUAAAACUAAUAAACAUACUACAAAUUUA